GUAAUGAGAUUACGUCAGCGCUGUCUUUUUAUAGAGGAUCAUGGGAGGUGCAGUUUGACUUAACACUUGACCUAUAAUACAACAUCCGAGUCGACUUAAAAAACUACACAUCCCAUAUUUCGUUUUGGGCACCUGUCCAGAAUGCUCCCCCUCCCUUUUUGCCCUCUCGCCCCUCCCUGUCUGCCUUCCUCCUACCAAGUCAGUUCAGUUCACUGAAGUAAAAGAUGUCUGCGGCGGGUACGGGUGCAGGCAGUAGCGGACCCGGGCCAGGCCCUGGCUCGGGGGCCUCGAACCCCAGAAAGUUUAGUGAAAAGAUAGCCUUGCACACUCAGCGACAGGCCGAAGAGACAGCCGCAUUUCAAGAGGUUAUGAUGGACAUCACCUCUACCCGGAUUCAGGCCCAGAAGGUGCGCUUGGCAAGAACCCAGGGACCAUAUUAUGGAGGCUCUUUGCCAAAUGUCAACCAAAUUGGAAGGAAUGCUCCAGAUUUCCAGGGCCCAUUCCAUUCCAACCUUGACUCCAUCCGCUCCACACGGCACCAUGGCCUGGUGGAAAGGGUCCAGAGGGACAGGAGGUUCAUGUCCCCCAUGCGGCCGUACAGGAGACAAACUGACAGCUCCCCUUACAGCUCUUCGUAUCUGUCUCCACCACCAGACCCCAGCUGGAGAAGGAACUGGUCAAGCAACUUCCCCCAGGACAAAAGCCAGUUGUUCCACCUUCCUACCACAGCCCUCAACAGAACAAACUCAGACUCUGCCCUGCACACCAGUGUCAUGAAUCCCAACACAGGGGAGACUCGUGGUUGUGGACACACCUUGAGUGCCCAGAGCAGACGCAGUGGUUUGGCUGAAAGUGAAGGACGUAAAAUGUUCCCAUACCCAGUACCCCCAAUUGAGGAGAAUAUGCUAGAUGAAGGAAAAUUGCUGAAACCCUGGGACACCAAAAAGUUACCUAUGCUUUCCUCAAGACCCAAAUCCUGUGAAGUUCCUGGUAUCAAUGUUUUCCCCUCUCCGGAUCAGCAGUCCUGUGCCCCCCACAUCCCAUCAGGCCUGAACACGGGAGGGUCCCUCCCAGAUCUCUCCAGUCUUCACUUUCCCUCCCCAUUGCCCACUCCUCUGGAUCCAGAUGAGCCCUGUUACCCGGCUCUCAGUGGAGGCAACAGCACUGGCAACCUUACCAGCACCCUCACCCAGCUGGGCAUCACGACAGGCAAUGCCUUUCAUUUGCCAGCAUCCUUGCAGGGAACGCUCAGUAACCCCUCACUGCAGUCCUCACUUAGUAAUCCCAAUAUUCAGUCAUCGCUCAGCAGCCACUCUUUCCCCACCUCCCUGAGCUCCACUUCUCUGCAUUCAUCCCUGAGCAACCCUUCCCUCCAGUCAUCCCUCAGCUCCUCACCAUCGCUACAGUCUUCACUUAGCAACCAGUCUCUGCAUUCCUCCCUUAGUAACUCAUCACUCAGUGGCCAAUCCCUCCAGUCAUCGACCAGUAACCCCAACUAUAGCAGUGGGGUAGGAGGGUCUAGCUCGUGCCCUUCUUCUUACUCCCCACUCCUGGCUGGUCAGGUGCAGACACGGCUUAGUACAUCGCCACGGCGACGGACUCAGUUAAGUCCACUCAAUCUGCCUAUUGGUGGAGAACCCCGCCGGCAUCACUCCAAGCAGUUUUCACCAACUAUAUCCCCCACGCUCUCCUCUAUAACGCAGGGUGUGCCAUUAGAUACCACUAAAUUGCCCAUGGACCAGAGGUUGCCUCCCUAUUCCUACAAUCAGCCCCAGGCAACCCCGUCUGCGUCCCAUCAGCCACAGCAGAAGGCUGUCGUGCCCCCCCAGGCAGGUCAGCCAAUGCAGCAGCCGCAACCAUCACACCAAUCCAGCCAGCAGCAUCAACACCUGAACCAUCACCAGAUUCAGCCCCAGCAGCAAACGCAGACACAGCUCCGAGUCCAGAACAUGCAGAACCUUCAGAAGACACAGAAUGCACAGAUGCCACAGCUGCCAAGAUCAGCAGCACAGCUGCAGACCCAAAGUAAAAGCCAUAGCCCUCUGGAUGUGCAGGGCCAGAACUGCCAACACAUGCAGCCACGCCUGCCAGAGCCAAAUAUGCAGACACAAGCUCCCACGGAACAGCAGCAAAGUUUGCCUCAGAUUCAAAUGGGCCACUCGCUAGCCUCGGAUCUGGGAGUCUACAGUGAUGCCUCAUUAUUAAACUCCCUUCUUGAGGACCCCUAUCUGGACCUGCAGUUUACAACCAGGCAAACCCAGGCCCUUUCCCAACAGUUUAACUUGGAGACUCAGACAGAAAGUAUGUCCUUCAAUCACAAUUUGGGAUCAGGUCUCCCAGCCAGCAAGGGUCAUGUGGGGACUUGCGCUGUUGACCAGGUGUCCCUGGACUUCCAUGACACGGCAGACCAACAACUUCUCAACAGUCAGAACCAGAACUACACUGGAGGUGGACGGCAUAAUGUACCCAACAUAAUUCUCACUGGUGAUUCCCCACCUGGACUCUCCAAGGAGAUCACCAGUGCUCUUUCAGGUGUUCCAGGGUUUGAAGUAGAUCCCUUUGCUCUUGAUGAUCCCUUGCGGAUGGACCCUAUGUCACUCGAGGGAUUGGGCAUCCUGGCGGAUGGGGAUCUCAUGCUGGCUGAUCCUGCUGUGGAGGAUUCCUUCCGCUCUGAUCGCCUCAAAUGACCUACAUGCAGGAGGGCUGGGUUUGGGGUCAGAAGCCCUAGGCAAGUGUGAAGUGAGCUAGGGUAAGAUGAAUGUCUCCUGCAAUGACUGUCGUAGGAACUGUGCAAAAUGAGCUUGGGUGAAUGAUUUGGAAAGGAUAGGUCAGAAAAGUUGCAGAAUUAUCCAAGCAUGAAACCAAAACUCGCAUGUCCACAAAAUUUGUCGAGGUUGGUUUUGUUAUAUGCAGACACUUUUGCUUGUGAUGCUUGGGGAAAAAAGAAUCAUGUAGUGUGAAUCUAUCUGCAUGUUAACAAAUGCACUUCAAACAUUGUAACAGUCAAAAAUAUGAAGCAUGUUAUUUAUAGGAGCCUUAAUUUUGUUUCACCCAUAAUUUUUAUUUGAUUAGUAUAUGUUUCUGAACUCUAGUGUGAAAUUACAGUUGUUCUAUAAUUGAUUCAUUCCAUUAUUGUGGAAAGAAAAGUUGGUGGAGGGUGUGUGGAGACAGCCUACAGCUAAUGCCAGAUAUCAUUUCACACACUUGCCAAACUAACUACAUAAUAUACCUUUGGUGGUACUUAAUCCAUAUUAUUUUUGGUUUACUAAUCCAUUCCCCUAACUAAAUACAAAUAUUUGCACCUUUCAACUGCUCUUAUCCAUUCAAAAGGAGUGCAACAUUGAGUAUUCAAUAGGAAGGACAAUUUCUAAAGGGAGCUUAUUGGCAACUAAAAAUUGACCUUUAAAGUGAUUGUAGUUUUUUUUUUAUAUAUAUAUAUAUAUAUGUGUACCAGUGGAAUUCUCUUGGAGGUCUUAUCUGGACUUUUAAAAGCCAUCAACAUGUCACAUGUGGAGAAUGCUACUGGUGUCAUGUUUAAAUUCAAGACAUGCUUUCCCAUCUCUCCACUUUUUUCCUUUGACUGAUACCAGUGCAAAUCGUACACUUUACGAUUGUAAGACAGUGACUAUAAAAGCUCAACUGUCUACAAAUUUCUAUGCAUGAAAUUAUUUAUUUGAUCAACUAGUGGCCUGAUCUGCUUUUGUGAGGACUGGUGAACAGAACCUGUUUGUUUCUGAUAGCAUAACUCAAAUUAAGUUAAGCAGGCAUCAGAAAUGUACACUUGCAUAUAGCUAUAGUAAAUCAACACUGAUUGUGUUUGUGGAAAAUAAUUAGGAUGCAACUGCUUGCCCUUUUAGUUACAUUCAGGCUGCUGAUUCUUUUGUUUGUGUGCUGAAACACAGGAGGUCUAUUUGAUCCCUUCUGAUGCAUUUGAUUUUGCACAAGUACCUCCUGUGUAUGUUGCCCUGGUACUGCUAGCCUAUUAAGAACUUGGAAGCAUUUAAAAAAUUAUCUGAAGCAUCAUUGCAACAAGUCUCAAGGUAUUGUUUUUCAGUAAAACCAAGUGGAGAAACAAUGCAAGCUUUGCCACAAACAAGGGAAAUUGCACUUGCUUAAAUGCUUGUGUUGUCAGCAAAACAGUGAAAUUAACAAAAUCAUAUGGAUGCACUUCAGUUGCUAGUAUUGUAGAAAUGUGUUUCUAAAAGUUAAUAAGCAGUGGUUUGCUCCCUGCUUGCAACUGUUACAUCUGUUUGUUCUAGAAUUGAGGGUAUAAUAUAUAUAUUUUGAGAAACAAAAAUAGUGAUAAACUUUAUUUUUUUAACAAAGUAAUAAUGUAUAAAAAGUCUGAUAAUGACAGAAAUGCCUAUUAGUUGGAGGUGACUGUAAGAAAUACUUGCCAAAGCAAUUUUUUUAAACUGCAGUUUUGACCAUUUUUGUAUUCUUAUUUGCUAUGUAUAUCUGUGUGCACUUGUGCACAUGCACAUUUUAACUGUGUAAUGCUGCAGUAUGUACUCUGUUAGUAUCUUGAUUCACUGAGUAAUUGUAUGUGUUUAUAUUCUAGCACUGUUUAUCUCUCAGUAGGAGGGCAAUUUAGUGCCAGUGUUAAUCCUUCCUAAUGCAUCCCUUUCAUUACUUCUUGUACGCUUGGCUGUGAAUUGCAACAUCUAAAAGUGGCACAAAAGAUAAAGGCACUCAACUCUUCUAAGGAAAGGGAAAAUGGCAUGUUUUACUUGAAUUGAGUAUCAAAAUUAAUAGUUUGAGAAACUUGCACCCAGUUCAAUUAACUUUACAGCAGUGGUAGUCAACCCUUUUCCUGAUCAUUGACAUUGGCUAUGUGGGAUUUCAUUCCACUCUGCCCGACUACAUAUAGUCGGGCAUGUUCACUCUAUUUUUGACCACGUAGGGUUGUAAGCAAUCCUAUUGUUGUGACAUUUACAUGAGGCUUAAAGCACUUUGUUUUUACAUUUUGAGCAAAGUAAUUGUGUUUGUGUUGUUCAUUCCAUGAAGGCUGAAACAGAAGCCCACACUUUCACCACAGCCUGUUGAUAGUCAGGAUUAAAUCUUGUGACUGCUGUCCUAAAAUGUAACCAUAUUUUUCCCCCUGUUUUCCUGACUUGUCGGUACAUAAACUCCUGUGGAAUUGCAAACUGCAAUUGGUGUGGUCACUAGUGCUUGAAAUCUAAAAAUGGUCUAAUUUUAUGAAAUUUAUAAGUAAGAUGAGUGAAAGCCUUUGACCUUUGUGCUGAAGUGUUGGUGUACCCAGCUUAUUUGUCUUUCCUGUCAUACCCCUAGAUUGUGCUGCCACCUUUAUGCGCUUUUUAAUUUCUUGCUCAAACAAGUCUCCCCAACACAACCUCAGUCUUAUUGGUACCUACUGUGUAGGUAAUGUGGUCCCUGUAAUAAACCUGUGUGGUUGACAUUUAGUGGUAAUGGUAUCAAUUAGAUGUUUAUUGAGCCUAUGGUAAAUUCACUUUAACUGGGGGAAUACGCAGGCUUUCAGGUUUGUCGUAAGAAGCUGCAUGGUCAGCUUUUGUAUAAGAAUGUUGCUUUUAGUGUGACAGAUACUUUAAUAUAUAUCCUGUACCCUGAAAAAUUUUCUUCCCAAUUUGUCCCAUGGUCAUAUUGUAGAAUUGGUCCUUUAGUAUUUCAUGUUCAGCUUGAAAGUGCACCACUGACUAAAUGAAAUUGUGACAAAGUAGGGAGGCCCAGUUACAGCUGUACUGGCAGACUUCUUUAGACUUUGUAUCGUAAGUUCUCGCAAAAAGCUUUUGGUUGGUCAAGCAGGGCUCUCAGCAUGAACAAUGAAAUGGAAUGAUGCAGGUUAUGGGAAGUGAUUUGGAGUGAGGAGGAGGCAGCAGAAAAGAAUAUGAAGUACUCAUAUUUAAGGGUCCAGCGCUGGAAGCUGACCCCUGACCAUACGAUCAGCCACAUUUGCACCCGCUAUGUGAGCAAAAUACAGAAUGUAGAGAGCGAUUGAUCCAUAUACAUUUGUUUUACACUUUGUCAGUUUGCUUAAAAAUAUUGUUAUACUUAUUGGACUUUAAUGUAAAGUUGCUUUAAAGAACUUGCUUGUAUUAUGUUCUGCAUGAUGUCUUUUUUUUUCCUUUACUCAGUGACCAAAUUGUGUACCAGUACUAACAUAUUGGCCGUUUCUAACAGGAAAUGUUUCUCCCCUUAUUGAAUUGGUUUAUUCAGUGCUGUAACUCAUUUUACAAGUGCACACUGAUAUUUUUUAGAAUAUGAACAUUGGAAUGUUAGUUUCUGGCUCAAAACCAGUCUGUAAUUUCAUGGACAGUUAUUCAUGGGAGAUGUGCGUGUUACGCAACAAUUUAAGGCAUAUCAGGUUUUCUGGACUGUGGCCUCAGUGUGGGUUCAUGUGAAGGAAAAUUUGUACGUCAAGGAGAUGCAAUAGCAAAAUGUGACGGUUAUAUAUCAAAUAAAUUUCCCUAUAGCUGCCUAGAGCUAAAUAUGUUUUAGUGAUAUGUAAUUUGGCGUUACUGUGUCCUGCAGCGUGUUUAGUUCAAUGUUCUGCCAGUAGAGGGAGCUGUUGAGCAGCACAGAAUGCAGACAAACGGGGACGGCGUGAAUAAGGCCAUACAUGAAUAAAGACGUUUGUAUUUUAUUUGUAUUGAUAUUGUGUGCUGUUUGAUUUUUUUUUCUCAUUUGUACUUUUGUUUUAAUAUGCUUUGUGGUGGGGGUUAAAUGCAACAAAACUAUUUGCUUCAGUGAGAUAUUUACUUUAUUUUUAAUGCUCUUUGUUUUAAUUACCAGGGACACAAUGUUGUAAAUAAUAUUCUUAAAAUAUAGGUGCUUCUUAAACCUAACAAGAUUUUUUUUUAAUGAAGACUGUAUAUUCACACUAUUUUACAAGAAAAUAA